CGAUGAAGAAGAGAAAGAAGUCACGCGUCAACAGAUGAAAAAAAGGUCAUCUGUCCAUUUGUGCGCAAGCUGCCGGCAGCUACCUUUUCCUUCUUUGCACGUGAGACUCAAGAGGGAUCGACGAUGGCGACGAAAGCGGCGGGCGGACUGCUCAUGAGGGCCUCAAGAGUGCAGCUGAAUGCUGCGCCUCGUGCGGCAGCCGUAACGCCACGAUUGGCGCGGUCAUCCUCUUCUUCGUCCUCCUCGUCCUUGUCGAAAUCGUCGGUCGAUUCAUCGCUUGCGUCGACGUCCUCUUCGACGGUCGCCUCGCACUUACCUUCGCCACUCGAGCCAGCACUGGUUCAUCCCCGAACGCACAGCCACCACGUUGCAACGCUCCAGCUGCGUGCAUACGGCCCCGGCCGAACGCUCGAGAAUUUGACGUUUUUCACCGACUUUGCCCUCCGGGCCGGCUACGCCCUUGGCAUUCCCCUCUCCCGACCGGCCUCUCUUCCCGUCAGGACGUCGCUGUGGACCGUACCCAAGGGCCCUUUUGUCCACAAGAAGAGCCAGGAAAAUUUCGAGAGGAGGACGCAUAAGCGCGUCAUCAAGGUCUGGGACGCAGACGCCCAAGUCGUCGAUCGCUGGCUCGAGUUUCUCAGAAUACACGCCAUGGCGGGCGUGGGCAUGCGGGCAGAACUCAUCAGACACCUUCCACUCUCGGUGGGCUCGCAGAUGAUUGCCUCGGCCCGCUCGCAGCUGCGCGACUCCAGACCGACACAGAGCGCAGGGACAGAGGCCUUGCAUGAGGCCAAUGAGGCUACGGUGCGAGCGAGUGAAGCCGAUGGCGAGGCCGUCGCUAGACUAGCGCAGAAUAUUGUUGAGCAAGAGAUGGCAAAGCAGGAUGCCGAGGCAGACAACGUGGAAAGGCUGCCUCCUCUCCGAGAGGAAAGCAAGGAAGAAGACACGGGCAAGGACAGCGACCCUAGGGAAGCGUCCUCUUAGUUUCCUGGUAGACUGUGAAAUGGCAACUGGUGUCACAAAGCAGAAUCGGGGUCUCUCUCUCUCUCUCUCUCUCUCUCUCUCUCUCUCUCUCUCUCUCUCUCUCUC